AUGAGAGGGUUGGGAGGGGGGUUGGGCGCGUGCGGGGUGUGUAACUGGGCGCGGUGUGUAGGCUGGCUGCACUCGCUGGCGGGGCUCGUGAAGCGCCGGCUCAGCGGUUACGUCAAAUGGCAUCACGUUGCAGCGAGGCGGGAGCAGCGGCCGCUACCGCACCACAACCACACAGCUAGAUGGGGUACUAGUGAAAGUUGGUCGGUUCCAGCUUCGCCGUUGCCUCCGCGCGCACCACCACCGAGGCCGGCAGACUAA